AGAAGAACAUGGAAUACAACUGGCGGAUGGUGGAUAUCUUAUUCCAAAUGAUGAGGGCAAGGCAGGAAAAGAAGAAUUCUACAGGGCUUUGUGUGAUACACCUGGUGUGGAUCCUAAGCUAAUUUCAAAAGCUUGGGUCUACAAUCAUUAUAAGUGGAUUGUGUGGAAACUAGCAGCUAUGGAAGUUGCAUUUCCACAGAAAUUCGCCAAUAAAUGUUUGACUCCAGAAAGACUCCUACUUCAGCUGAAGUACAGGUAUGACGUGGAAGUUGACCAAAGUCAUCGCUCAGCCAUCAAAAGGAUAAUGGAAAGAGAUGAUGUUGCUGCUAAAACUCUCAUACUGUGCAUCGCUAAAAUAAUAUCAUUGAACGCAAAUAUGUCUCAGAUCCGUGGUGAUAAAAGCACUGCUGAGGACAGCAAAAAAGACAUAGCAGUGGUUGAAGUUACAGAUGGCUGGUAUGGAAUCAAGGCUGUCUUGGACCCUCCCCUCCAAUCACUGUUGUGUAGAAAGAGGCUGACUGUGGGCCAAAAGAUUGUUGUACAUGGAGCAGAACUUGUGGGUUCUCAGGAGGCAAGCACUCCACUGGAAGUGCCAGAAUCUCUUAUGCUGAAGAUUUCAGCUAACAGCACUCGACGCGCGCGAUGGUAUGCCAAGUUAGGAUACCAUCGGGAUCCCCGGCCAUUCUCUUUGUCUUUGUCAUCACUCCUUAUUGAUGGUGGGACUGUUGGUUGCAUUGAUGUCAUUGUUCAAAGACUUUAUCCCAUACAGUGGAUGGAAAAAACAGCAGGUUCCUAUGUGUUUCGUAACUGUCGAGCUGAAGAAAGAGAAGCUGCAAAGCAUGCUGAGAAUCGACAAAAAACCCUGGAAGCAUUGCUUGCAAAAAUACAAGCUGAAUUUGAAAAGAAUGAAGAUGGCGGCAAAAGAGUACUGCGAUCCCGCACGUUAACCAGACAACAGAUUCGCUCUCUGCAAGAUGGGGCAGAACUUUACGAGGCAGUUCUUAACGCUGCUGAUCCAGCUUACCUGGAAAGUUAUUUCAGCGAGGAGCAGUUAAAGGCCUUGAACAGUCACAGACAGAUGGUAAAUGAUAAAAAGCAAGCACAGAUAGAAGCCGAAUUCAGGAAGGCGGUGGAUUCUGCUGAGGAGGAAAACAGUUCCUGCAGAAGGGAUGUAACCGCCGUACUCAAGCUACGAAUUGUGGAUUACAGAAAAGAAGAGAGAGGAAAAGGUUAGUAAGGUCAGAGAUCCUCGUGAUUUAAACAUUAGAUUAUUCACACUGCAUGAUUAUCUGAAUUCACUUUAUGAAGACUUGGAUGAUGCCUUACUAGAGCCAAUUACCAAACAUUCAAAAAGGAGAGAAAUAGUAAUCAUGGGGGACUUCAACUUCCCCGAUAUUGGUUGAGACUCAAACUCUGCCACGAGUGUAAGUUCUGACAAAUUCCUCCAUUGCAUCGCUGACAAUUUCAUUUUCCAGAAGGUGGAAGAACCAACAAGGGGGUCAUCUGUUUUGGACCUAGUCCUCACCAAUAGGGAAGAAAUGAUAGAUGAAGUGGAAGUGCCCAGAAACUUGGGAGGAAGUGAUCAUGUUCUCCUGGGUUUCAGGAUACAGAGGCGAGGGAAAACUGAGUGUAGUUGGACAGGCACUCAGACUUUAAGA